AUGCUCUGCCCAGCCCGCCCAAAACAGUGCCGGUACUGUGAUCGGCUGUCCCGGCAGCACGCCCACGCCGCAGGCAGGCAGCCAGGUGCUGCUCCCGCAGCACAGCGGGCAUCCGCCUGUGGUGUCAGCUCCUGCCACAGGACCCCGAUUACAGAAGUUUGUGGAGCCAAGCGUGUGGGUUAUUUUGGUCCUGCUCAAUUUUAUAUUGCUUUAAAGUUAAUUGCGGCAGCGCAGUCAGGGUUCCCAGUACGGAUUGAGAGCAUUAAGAAUGAAUUGCCUCUGCCGCGGUUUAUGGCGCUGAAAAAUGACAGUGAAGUACGUUACGGGACUCCAGCAGAACUCCAUGGAGUUAAAUUUCAGGUUCCACAUGCAACUUUGGAAAAAAAUUCCUACAAAAGAACAGAUGAAGGGGACAAACAGGAACCCAAGUCUCCACCGAUGUCUCCAAUCUGCUCGCCUCCUGCUUCUCCAUCUACUUACCAGAGAAUACCCUUAAGUUAUGGAUACGGUAAAUCAAGAAGUGGGCUGGAGCAGCAGCAUGGAGCUCCUUAUGAAGUCAGACACUCUACUCACCAGCAAGAUGGACCAUCAUCAGGGAAUUAUGGAGCCAAACCUGCACACUGUUCAACUCUUAAUCGGUCUCUUUCAGCGGAGCGGGAGCAGCAGGACAGCAGCGCCCACUACUCGGAUGACCCUUGGAGGAUAACGGAGGAGCAGCGAGACUACUACAUCAACCAGUUCAGGUCCCUGCAGCCCGACCUGAACUCCUUUAUUUCAGGUUCCGUGGCAAAGAAUUUCUUCACAAAAUCAAAGCUGCCCAUCCCAGAGCUUUCUCACAUCUGGGAACUGAGCGAUGUGGAUUGCGACGGGGCGCUGACACUCCCGGAGUUUUGUGCCGCUUUCCACCUUGUAGUUGCGAGGAAGAAUGGUUACCAGCUGCCAGAGACGCUGCCGGAGACGCUGCUGCCCGAGUACCUUCAAGCAGCUUCUUUGAAGCCCAUGCGUGACUGCGCACUAUUUGAUUCUUACUCUGAGUCGUUGCCAGGCGGUCAGCAGACUCGGGACUUCAGUCGGACUGAGAAGGCAACAGCUGAAGAGGUACCUGAUAACUCUGCCCUGUUACAAGAUACAAAGAAAGAUGACAAACAAGCUCUUAAAGUAAGCACUGCUCUCAAAACGAUACCAAAGGAAUUUCAGCACUUGACUGUGAAAACAGCUGCUCAGGAAUCUAAUGCACUUAAAGCCAGACCACGAUCCAGGUCUUAUUCUAGCACAUCAAUAGAAGAUGCUAUGAAAAAGGGAGAAGAGCCCCCUACUCCACCUCCAAGGCCACAGAAAUCACAUUCCAGAGCUUCCUCUUUGGAUCUGAACAGAGUAUUUCAACAAAACACACAAGCUGUGAGGUCUGGCUGGCUGCCCCCACCACCACCUGCACUGCCCCCUCGACCUCCUGUGUCUCAGACAGAGCAAGUAUCUGAGGUUGAAUUACAUCCUCAGAUGAAUAGACCCCCAUCGCAGGCAGAAGAAAACAGUUCAGCAAAAAAGGAGGUUGUUCUCGCUCAGCCGCCCUCCAAACCUGCCCGCAGGAAACUCCGGACGGAGGCGCAGGGGCUGGAGACCCCCGAGCUUUCUCCCACUAUAAAUGUGACUUCUUCCCUGCCGGCUGUCAAGCCUCACCUCCCAGUCCAAAAACAGUCUUCCAAGCAGAAAAGGGCUAUUCAGACCGCUAUACGAAAAAACAAAGAAGCCAAUGCUGUGCUCGCCAGGUUGAACAGUGAGCUCCAGCAGCAGCUGAAGGAGGUUCACAAGGAACGAAUUGCCUUGGAAACGCAGCUGGAGCAGCUACGUCCCGUCACCGUCUUGUGA